GUCAGUGCUGUCAACUGUCUGUGUCUGCCAAUGCCAAGUGCUGUCAUUUAACAUUAUUCAAAAAUAGCAAACAAAAUACAUAAUUAAAUUAAUUACAACGUUAUAAUACUUUAAUAAUCCUUUAUAAAUGAGGAUAGUAAAGCCCAGCUGGGUGAAUCACGAUGAGAAACCAAUAUUUUCUGUGGAUAUACAUCCCACUGGGAAGCGGUUUGCAACCGGGGGCCAAGGCGGCGACUCCGGCCGGGUGGUGGUUUGGAACUUAAACUCUGUUUUAUACGAGGAAGUAGAAAUCGACCCCAAUGUUCCUAAAAUGCUGUGUCAAAUGGAUAACCACUUAGCAUGUGUAAACUGUGUGCGAUGGAGCAAUGGAGGCAGGUACCUGGCAUCUGGUGGGGAUGACAGACUGGUGAUGGUGUGGGGUCUGAGCGUAGUGGCCGGUGCAGCGGGGAAACACAAGGCUGAGACGUGGAGGUGUUUGAAUACUCUUAGAGGACAUGCAGGUGAUGUCUUAGACCUGGCGUGGUCGCCGUUAGACAAGUGGCUGGCAAGUUGCAGUGUUGACAACACAAUCAUCAUUUGGAACGCAGAGAAGUUUCCCGAGAUGGUCUCUGUUUUGAACGGACACACUGGCCUUGUAAAAGGUGUUGCUUGGGACCCUGUUGGAAAAUACUUGGCUUCACAGUCAGAUGACAAAUCUUUAAGGAUAUGGAAAACUGCCGAUUGGACACCUGAAACUAUUAUCACAGAGCCUUUUGAAGAAUGUGGAGGUACAACUCACGUGCUGCGCCUGUCGUGGUCUCCGGACGGACAGUACGUGUUGUCAGCGCACGCGAUGAACGGCGGCGGGCCCACCGCGCAGGUGGUGGAGCGCGAGGGAUGGCGGUGCGACAAGGACUUCGUGGGGCACAGGAAGGCGGUCACUUGCGCUCGGUUCAACAGCAACAUCUUCGUGAAGGAGGGCAAGAAGUGUUGCUGCGCCGCCGUGGGCUCGCGCGACCGCACGCUGUCCAUCUGGCUGACGUCGCUCAAGCGCCCGCUCGUGGUGGUGCACGAGAUGUUCAGUGACAGCCUGUUGGACUUGUCCUGGAGCUCCGAUGGCUUGAACCUUUUAGCGUGCAGUUCGGACGGCACAGUGGUGUGCAUUCAGUUCACUAACAAGGAAAUCGGCACUCCGCUCACCAUAGAGGAAAAGAACUCCUUUUACGAAAAAAUAUAUGGCAAAUGUUUGGCCAACGAAUCGGGUGGUGAUUUGUCUUCCAAUUUACUGGUGGAAUGUCCAGAGAUCUUGCUGGCGCGGGAGAAACAGGAGGCGAAAAAGGAACUGCCGAAGGACGAGUCCACGCCUAAGAGUGACAAAACACAGCUGAAGCCAGUGCUGACCCCGUCGCCGACCGUGUCCCGCGACACGCCGCUGCGGCCCAUGGACAGACAGAUAGAGACCAGGACGUCGGACGGCAAGCGGCGGAUCACGCCUGUCUUUAUACCGCUCACUAGUGUCGAUGCCAACGAGUCUCUGGGCUCUCAGCCGGCCACAGAGAGCUGCUUCAGCACGUCGUCGCAGAGCAAGUCGCGCAUCCGCGUGGAGCGGCGCGACGACAUCGUCAUACACCCCAACGUGAGCAACCACGCCACCGCCGCCAAGACAGACACUGGACUAGAUCAGCGUCUGCGAAAACGAACGGCGUCGGCCCUGCCCGGGCCCAAGGCGGACGAGUUGCAAGUGAAGCGAGCGUGCGCUGGGGGCACCGCGGCCUCCAGUGCCCCCAGCGACAGUGUGCCCACUCUGGCUCUGCCCGCGCCUGCGCUGGGCACUGCCGGGCCCGUCGUGCGCGCCGCGGGAGCAUUGAGACUUCAGGUGGUGAACAAGGCGUGCACCACGUACUACGGCACGCUGUCCCGUCUGGAGCUGAUCCCGAAUAACUCCGCGUCCAACGAUCCUGUGUGGGAGACGUACUUGGGCUCUCCAGUGACGAGCCUCGCGUGCGACGCGCGCUGGGCGUGCGUGGCGUGCGCGGACGGCAGCCUGCACGUGUGGACGCUCGCACGCGCUGACGCGCACCGCGCGCUGCCGCCCAUCGCGUUGUCAUCGCAAGCAGCCAAGUUGACGCUGUCGGGAGACACGCUGGCCGUCGUGACAACGUCCGCGACGCUGACGAUAUGGGACCUCGCCAACGCGACUUGCGUCAUACGGCCGCUGUGCUUCAGGAAUCUGCUGUCACCUGGCGUGACAGUGACGAGUUGUUCUCUGCUGGAGGACGGUAACCCAAUGAUCUCAAUAAGCAACGGGAAAAGUUUCAUUUAUUGCAAGAAAUUGUGCGCCUGGGUGGUGUGGUCGGACGCAGGGGACCCGGUGCGGCGCGCGGGAGGGGGCGCGGGUCCGCGGGCGCCCACGCGCGCGCCGCGCCCGCCGCCCGCCGUGCCCACGCCUGGUCGCGCGAAGGCGCUGGCGGGCGCGGCGCGCAGCUGGCUGGAGGCGCAGGUGUGCGCGUGCCUGCACCUGCGGCUCGCCAGCGACUACCGGCACUGGCUCACUGCGCUGUUCGAACAUCUGCUGCACCACGGCACUGAGGAGCAGUUAAGAAACAUAUUGGACGACAUGCUCGGGCCCAGUCACUGCACUUCUACGCCCAAGAAAUGGCAGAACACCAUAUUGGGUAUAAAAAAGCAUGACCUUCUGGAAGAGAUGCUUUCCUUGCUGGUGCGUCAGCUGCGGUGGCAGCGCCUCUACACGGAGUACCACGACCAGCUCGCCAGCUUCGCGCAGACCAGCAGCAUGGUCAACGGACACUAGCUGGCUAUAUAGCCCAGUGGACACUAGCUGGCUAUAUAGCCCAGCGAACACUUGCUGGCUAUAUAGCCCAGUGGACACUAGCUGGCUACUAUUUGCUGGCUAUAUAGCCCAGCGAACACUUGCUGGCUAUAUAGUCCAGUGGACACUAGCUGGCUACUACUUGCUGGCUAUAUAGCCCAGCGGACACUAGCUGGCUCCUACUUGCUGGCUAUAUAGCCCAGCGGACACUAGCUGGCUACUACUUGCUGGCUAUAUAGCCCAGUGACAUGGUUACAAAACUGAUGCUAUACUAAAGCCAAAUUCAAUGUGCACUGUUUACCAACAAACAACCAACCAAGAAAUUUACCAAGAAAUGAAGGUAGAAAACGCAUGUCAUUAAAUACCUAAUUGAUUUUAAAACAGCAGACACCACGCGGUUUCAUGAUUCAUGUUUUUUUUAUAUUUGCCAUAUCUUUUAAAUAUGACCAAUAUUCCCAUUCCCCUCCAAGUAAUCAGGAAAGACUGUAUUAGGAGUGGGUACGACAAUAAACCAGCGGGCAGGGAUCGAACCACCACCCCUCGGUGAUGAGUCUGACCGCUCUUACCGUUGACCUAUUGAGGCUGCUAAUUCCCUUUCCUUUAGGGGGAUAAAAUAUAGCCUGGGAUAGUGUAGCUGUACUGUCCAACUGUAAAUUGGUUCCGUAGUUUCAAAACCAAUGCAAACAAACAAACAAACUUUGCUUUUUAUAAUAAUAGUAUAGAUUAUGUAUUGUUUUGUUUUUUUAUAAAAUGUUAUUCAAAUGAUAUUAACUAUGUACGAGUAUGUCUAAUUGUUCCAAGCUUAUUAAUCAAAUUUAUUUUCAUUAAUUUAAGAACAAGUUAACUAUAUUUAUUAGGAGUGAAAUGACUAGCGAUUUGUACCUUCAUUUUUAAUUUGUUUGUUUGUAAAAAGUGUAUAUCUUUAGUAUAAUUUGUCAAUUUAUUAAUUGCUGAUUAUGAUAUUAUGCUAAAAAGUUGUGUGAUUUUAGGUCAUUGGCUGCAAGUUGCUAGCUAUAUAGCCCGGGUUACAAAACAGACUAUUAAUUUUGUGAUUGCUGAUUGUGAUUAUAUUAUGAUCAAAAGUUGUGUACUAAGGCAUAAAGUUGCUGACUAUAUAGCCCAGUGAUCAGGCUACUAAACAGACACUAAUUGUGAUUGCUUAUUAUUAUAUUAUUAUCGUUAGAAAUAGCCUCUGCUGAUAGUUUUUAGCUGGCUAUAAGUUGCUGGCUAUAUAGCCAAGUGAGCAGGUUACAAAACAGACUCUAAAUUGACAAUUGUGAUUGCUAAUUACUAUUAUAAUAAGAUAAAAAUUGUAUAUCAACUUGCACUUGCUAUUUGGCAUCAAGUUGCUGACUAUAGCCCAGUGAUUAGGUUAUAAAAGACACAGGUUUGGUUGCUGAUUAUUUAUGAUUAUUACACAGAGUAAAGAAUGAUCCACAAUGAGUCUUUACAUGCAGCUUGGUGAAGCCCAUAAAAAAGUCACGCGUCUCCUUGAUAUUGCAUAUACAAACUUUUAGCAUAAUUUGUAUUCCAAAAUUUAGCACUAACAACAAUUAUGUAAAUUAAUAUAAUAAUCAAUAAUUACCAAUAAAAAAUUACUCCAUCUUAUUUCUUUAGUUUUUGUGAACAGUUUUUAAAAUAUUCAAAAACAUAAGACGCCAUUUUUCUUCAAUAAUAUUGAAAAUUAUUGAUGCGAUGCCGACACUUCGUGUUGUACUGACUCGAGAAUGUAUUCGUUUGAUUUUUGUAUUUGGAACUGCUACGACACCGUCGCGUUCCGUGCACUCUAUCUACCUUAUUCUUUAAUCUGUGAGUUAUCUAGGUAUUAUUUGUGCUAUAUUAUGGUAAAAUUGUAUGUUAAUAUGCAUAUGCCGUUAAGUCUUUAGCUGACUAUUACUCGUAAUUUUGUAGUCUAUAAAAAUGACUGCAUCCAAGAGUGGAUGUAGCAUAGCGAAAAAUCAUAAUAAAAAACAGUUAUGUGGAUUAUGAAAUUUAAAAAAAAACGAUUAUGAUUAAUUAAUUAAUCAUGCUGUAAUUGAAAUUGCCUGUAAAAUUCAAUAUUUAAAUUUUUCAAUGUUAAUUAUUUUAUCUAUAUUAUACAGGGUGAUUCGGACUUUAGUGCGGACAUUUUUUUUCGUGGUUCUGUAUCAUUAAUAGAACAUAAAUCUACAAACAGUUCGAUACAUUUUAUGUAAUUUUUUUUUUCAAUUUAUGUCUCAGAAAUAACAAAAUAAUGGACACAUUCCCAAACAAACUGCGCAACUGCUGGCGGCACUUUGUAAGACGCCGACAAAGAAAUACCGGCAGUAGUCAUAUCGCUUCGGCUUCGGCUGACGGGGGUGGCAGGGGUGAGGGGAUCGAAAAAUCCCUGAGGACGCCUGCCGAAUUGCCGAUGGGCGACCAGUGACAGACAAUCCAAAGAUUACAGUGUAUUAUUGGAAAUAGAUAGGCUACUCGAACUUUUUUCGGAACGAAUGUGAUAGCGCCAUCUAGUGACUAGAUACGGUAUUUUUAGUAUAGUAAAAAGUAUAAAAAUAAUAAUGCAUAUUUUUUGUAAAGGAGAGACAUUUUUGAUUUUGUAAUAGUUGAAGAAACCAAUUGAGAAAAACAAAAAAAAAAAGAAAAUAAGUUUUCCUUUGUUACCCCCGGGCUCGAACUCAGGAUUAUUAUAUUGUACCUUUGUUACGCACCACUAGGCCAAAUGACUAUGUGGAAAAUCGUUGAAAUUAAUGUACACUUACUGUUUUUCUUUAAUAAUCCCUUUGCUUUAGAAAUACAAACACAUUCUUUCUAUUACGCGUCAAAAUUAAAAAGAUCAAUAAUUCUUUUUUUUCGGUUUUUUUUCCGUACUUACACGGGUUUAAUCUCUAAAAACAUUCUAGUACGUACACAUUGUAUUUACUAUCCUGCAAUCUUAAAUCUAGAAUGUAGAUGGCGCUGCUUCAUAAAGAUUUCACGUUCUUCUAAGUUCCCAUGGCAUGAGACAAUCUGCCGUCGCUUGCGCAUUUAAGUCGAAUCCAAAGAUUACAAUGUAUUAUUGGAAAUAGAUAGGCAACUCUAACUUUUUUCGGAACGCUUGUGAUAGCGCCAUCUAGUGACUAGCUACGGUAUUUUUAGUAUAGUAUCCAUUAUGUUAUAAAAAUAAUAAAGCAUAUUUUUUGUAAAGGAGAGAUUUUUGAUUUUGUAAUAGUUGAAGAAACCAAUUGAGAAAAACAAAAAAAAAAAGACAAAAAGUUUUCUAAUGUUACCCCCAGGCUUGAACUCAGGACUGUUCGAUCGUACCUUUGUUAUGCACCACUAGGCCAAAUAACUAUAUGGAACAUCGUUGAAAUUAAUGUACGGUUACUGUCUUUCUUUAAUAAUCCCUUUGCUUCAAAAAUACAAACACAUUCUCCCUAUUACGCGUCAAAAUUAAAAGGAUAAAUAAUUCUUUUUUUUUUUGGUUUUUUUUUCCAUACUUACAGGGUUUAAAUCUCUAAAAACAUUAUAAUACAUACACACCAUAAGUAAUUGAAUUUAUUAUCCUGGAAUCUUAAAUCUAGGAUGUAGAUGGCGCUGCUUCAUAAAGAUUUCACGUUCUUCUAAGUUGCCAUGGCAUGGUCGAAUCAUCCUUUAAUGCAAAAGUUUGCGUAAUAAUAAUCAUCAUUUGUAUUUCAUUAUUCCAAUCGAAAGUUUAUAAUUUUUAUUAUUACUACGCAUUAUUGAUGGUCCUAAGCCCAAUAAAGUAUGAAGGGAAAAUCGAUACUCAACUCAAAAGUGACGACCUUUAAUUAUUAUAAAAAAUAAUAGGUACAAAAAUAAACGUAGAAAGGUCAACGGCCCUCGGCGCGGGCGCUCGCUAACCUAGUACCUACCAGCUGAUUUUGUAGUUGCCUAUUACUGUGCUAUUACUUAGUACAGCGAUAGGGUGACCCUCAAAUUCUGUUUAAAUGUUUAAACUUUAGCUAACGAUAACUUUGUUAUUGUUGAGUUAAAAAAAAAAAGAAAAAAUACGUGUUCAUUAAAUUUUGUUUAUGUACAAAAUAUAAAAAUAUCCGUACUUGAAAAAAUUUCUUCCUGUAUUUAUCGUCGCCUCUCAACUGAUUGUUUAUGUUCUAUUUUCUGCUGCAUUUUCUUUUGUAAUUUUAUUAAUAACAUGAUUGAAAAUUUUGAAAUACCCCCGAUGGUCAUGAAAUUAUUAAUUACACUUUCUAUCAAGUCAUCAAUAUUCUCUUUCAGUGCGCUUUCAUUUGAGACCCUACUCGAAUAUAUAUUCAGACAUUCGAUUAUUCUUCCCCACUUUUACCCGCCAGAACUUUUAAAAGGCUCAACCGAUUUUCAUCAAACAUGUCUAAGAACACUCGCACAUAAGUCACCUUUCAUGCAAAAAGUCGUUCGGGAGCUAUGGUGCAGACAGACACACACUAUAAACUUAUAACAUCCCUCUUUUUGCGCCGUUAAAAAUGAUAAAGUGACCUACCCUGACUUCUCAGAUUGGUAUUAAUUAAAAAUAAUUUAGCGAGUAAGGGACAUGAACAUAAUAUUAUGUGAUAUGACUCAUUUUAUUUUAUGUAUAAUAUAUAAUAUUACAAUUAAUAAUAAAUAAGUGAUGAUUAUAAUUAUACGAAUGAAUUACAAUAGUAUUACGUAAAUUAAGAUUCAGUACAGACUUGCUCUAAAACUGCCGUUUUUUCUAUAGUUUUGUAUUGUACAUUAUGACUAUAAAUGUAAUGUUAAAAAUAAAUAUUAAAUAUGUAUUUAUUUCGUAUGCUGAUUUCAUAAUAAAACUGUCAUGAAGAAAUAAAUCUUGCCAAGGUCACAAAACGUGUCAUGAAAAUUGAAGAAAUAAAUCACCAGCCAGGUCACAAAACAUCACGGCCUCCGUGGCGCAAGGGUAUGCGCGGUGGAUUUACAAGACGAAGGUCUUGGGUUCUAUAUCCGGCUGAUUGAGGUUUUCUUAAUUGGUCAAGGUCUGGCUGGUGGGCGGCUUCGGACGUGGCCUGUUACCACCCUAACGGCAAGAAACCGAAAGGUGUGUGGAUUUUCAUCCUCCACCUAACAAGUUAGCCGGCUUUCAUUUUAGAUUGCAUCAUCACUUACCAUCAGGUGAGAUUGUAGUCAGGAGCUAACUUGUAAAGAAUAAAAAAAACUGAGCUAAUCAUUUUUGACAUACAGACAAUACAGCGACAAACUGCUAUGUGUGAUCUUUUUAUGCUGACUCUACAACGUAAGCAAUAAACUUUUUUGAUGACACUGUUAUUAUGAAAUACUAAACAAUGACUGGGUUCAAAACAAGUCAACUGGUGCAUAAUCCGACAAGUUUUAAGCCCAGUCAGUCAACUUUUCUGUAUUGUUAAUAAAGUCUAUUUAGCACUAUAAAGCAUUUAGUAUCCGAAUUGAAAACGACUUCACCCAUCUUAAUAUAUAAAUGCGAAAAGUCAUUCAUCACGAAAUCUCAAAAACCACUUGACGUAUAAAGAUGAAAUUUGGCAGGGAGGUAGCUUAUAGUUGGUAGGUUUCCGCUAAGAAUGGAUUUUGCGAUAGGGCUAGAUUAAGUAGGUCAAAGGGCGGACGAAGUCGCGGGCGUUCGCUAGUGUUUUAUCAGUGUAAAGUGUAAAUUAAUUAUUAUGUGCAAUUAUUCUAUAAAAUCCAGUAAGUUUUGGCAUUUGUAAUUCUGUAAAGUAAAAUAGGUAAAAGACAAGUCUCCACAACAAUUUUCUUGUUUACGGAUUACCUUUCCUUUUUAAGAUUGCCUUUUGAGUUCAGAAAUUGCCUUCAGAAUUUUUGCCAGGUUAUAUUUAUGUAUUUCUAUGUGUUCUUAAUUCCUUGACUUUGUAAAUACUUAUUUUCCUAAAUAGAUGUUGUUGUUAACAUAAACAAUUUUAUUUCCAUUUACAUUUAUGGGUGUUUAGGGCUGUUGGUUCAUUUUAUGAUCUUUAUACCAUUCUAGUAUAUUUAAUUUACAAAAAAAUGUUUUCUAGUACUGCAAGGAAUAGGUUUGGUGAAAGAGGGUCACCUUGUCUUACUCCAAUGCCCAUUUUAAUUGAAUCUCCUCUUGUUUCAAGUUUUACUGUUCAUGUAAAUGUUUCUAGUGAUGUUGAUAUAUUUUUGUUCUACAUACGUUUUAAUGCUCCCAGAUGGAUUUGUGAGUAAUGCUGUCAAACGCUUUGCUAUAAACCCCAGAUAAUAGCGAACUCUAAAUAUUUUUUUGUCACCUACUCUAAUGCCUGUAUGAUCAAUCAAUGGUACUGUAGCCAGAGCGAAAUCCAGCUGUGUGUGUUCUGAUAAUAAUAGAUGAUAAUAGUUUGGCUAGGAAUUUUCAGGCAAUAUAUUUUUUAACAUACUAAAGAUUUAAAAUAUUUCAUCCAAUAAGCGGAUAGGUGAAGGUCAUUUUUAAUUCGGCUGUUGGACUAGUUGCUAAGAAACUUCUAAUAGGGUUUAUAAUUAAAGUUCAAUAAGUACAAUGAACUUUAUUUUAAAAAAAUAUUAUUAAUUUGAAAAAUAAAUCAUAGAAUGUACUACAAUGUGUUCAAACAUUGUGCCAAUUUGUCAAAAAAUAUUCGAGUGCCGGGUACAUUAAUCUAUACUAAUAUUAUCUCGUUGAAGAGUUUGUUUGUCUGGUUGGUUGAAAGCGAUAUAUAUAGCUGUAAUCAGAAAUUAACGGUUCGAAUUGAAGAAUUAUUUUUGUCCUUUUAUCAAGGGAGAAUGCUAUUUAAGGCAUCACGCUACUAGCAAAAGGAAUAAAAGGAGCGGAUCAUCAAUAAAAUUGUGGCAAAAACGAAAUAUGUAUAAUUUGAGAGCAUCCGUUGUGUGCUUUGUUUACUGUUAAAAUUACUCAAAAACCAUGUAUGACGGAAAUGUUCAAACCUUUUUAAAAGUUCAAAUAAUUAUUAUCACUAACUAUUGUUAUGUAUAACAUUGUCCCGGCACUCCAUCAAGUUGUAUUGUGCCCUAGUUGUAAGCAACAAGACUGUAAUAAAUGGAAAUAAAUCUAUUAUAAGUA